AUGAAAAUUAUCAGUAAUAUUGAGAAUAUAGGAUUUUUAAUAGCAUAUCUCACUUUGAAUACUACAAAAGUGCAAGAUAUUGAAGAACAAACAGAAUUACAGAUGAAAAUUCUUGCUAGCUUCCUUCAUUCUCUCUGUGACAAAGAGUUCUCUGUCUAUGAUACAUCAAAAAGACUGUUAGAGAAAAGCUCAAGAGUCCCUGAUUUGGAACAUUCUGAGCCUGAAUAUUACAUAGUAUACCUGUCAGAUAUACAAGAUAAGAUUAUUAAUCUAAUUAGAAAGCACUUUAAUAUGCAUAUAAGAAUUCCUAUAAAUGCUGCAGGACAAUUCCUAACAGCUGAUGAGAUACGAAAGAGUGCAAUCCGCAAAAUAUACAAGUUUUGUGUCGCAAAUAAUCUCAUUUUGCUUUGGACCUAUUUGUGA